AUGGCUGAAGUUGAUUUGGUGCAAAAUGAUAAGACGGUGGAAGAGAUAAAGACGCCAAAAUCAAAGUGGUCCAAGUCGACGGUGAUGAACUUUAAGAGGUACACCCUCAUAAUUGUAGUCAUUGUGGCCGUCUCAUUUGGGGUAUUUCUGGAAUUGCACCUCUACAGCAACCUAAAGAAGUGGUACUACAACAAGUACGACGCACAAUACGGUGGUGGAACAGAUGCACCAGCAACAGACGAAAAGAAGUUCGUCGCAAUGGAGGGGAAGGAGUUCAAGGAGAUGAUCUAUUUCGGAUACAUGGACGAAAUAAUCAGUCAGGUGAAGUUCUUUGCUUCCGUCAUCUACAGAAUCAUGAACGACAAGGAGAAUUUGCAGAAGCAGAUGACGGCAGAGUCGAUGGGCACCUUUCUACUUGGGCCGCCUGGAACAGGAAAGACGCUCUACGUGAAGAAGUUCUGCUACGAACUGGAAUGCGAGUUGAAGAAGAUCAGGAAGUUCAAGGAGAACGGGUUUGACAUGUCAAAGUACGUUUUGGGGCAGGUGACAGACGAGGAGAAGAGGCUAUGUGACAAUGCUGAUGGAGUCGUGCGCCUGUAUGUGAUCAAGCCAUCGGAUAUCAAGGAUAAAUGGGUUGGAAACAGCGAGAAGAACGUAAAGAGGCUCUUUGGGCACCUUAGAAGCGAUUUGAAGCCGCAUCACGUGAAUAUCGCAUUCUUUGACGAGGGUGAAGCACUUUUUGGAAGCAGAAAGAACAUGCGAAAAGAGGAUACAACGGGGGCUGGGAUCAUGCAGGAGUUUCUGACGCAGAUCAGCGCCAUCAGCGAGGACUUCCAGGCCUCAUUCAUCUUCGCAGCCACGAACAUGAAGGAGAUGAUCGAUCCAGCCAUUUUCAGGCGAUUCUCCAACAAGAUCUAUUUUAAGAAUCCUGAUUCAAUCAUCAGGAAGAAAUACAUUGAGCAUUUUAUCAAGAAAUAUAACGCAUCAGAUGCAGAUAUAACUCGACUGACGCAGGUUACGCACAACAGGUCGUUCUCAUUCAUCGAAUCACUCCUUACGAAGUUCAAGAACUACGAUGCUGAUGGAAACUUCCUGAAAUUCAACACGGCUGGUGCUGAACAGUACAUAAGAGGCGUUGAGGAUAUGGAGAAAGAGGAAUUUAGGAGAUAA